UAUCACUCAAAGUUCUCCCUAAGCAUUUGCAUUUGAAGUGGAGAACAUUAGUACCAUCAUCUCAUUUCUAUUAUCAGUUCUUGAAUCUCCAAGCAAAAAGCUAGCUAUGGGAAGGAUGCGACGGAGACAACUGCCGUCAUAAAUCUCCCCCGCACUGCACGUCAGCUUCCAAACUCCAAAUGUGAAACCAGACCCUGCAGCGGGGGUGGUCUAAGAUUGAUUAGACUCUCUUUCCUGAAUAUUUAUUUUCAUGGAGAAAGACCAUGCGGACAUUACGAUUUCUCAAAGCGACCCCCAGCCAUGGAACCCCAGGAAACAGGAGCAUCAUACGAAAGACUUGUAUCACCUCAUGAUCCUCCCCUUAGGAUCCUUAUCGUCGGUGCUGGCCUGGGAGGAUGCGCUGCAGCCAUUGCCCUCCACCACCAUGGCCACGAAGUAGUCGGAGUCCUAGACAAAGUCCGCAACUUCACCCGCCUCGGCGACUCCCUCGGGCUAGGAGAAAAUGCCUACAAACUUCUCGCCCGAUGGGGCUGCAACAUCAAAGAAAUCCAAGAAAUCGGCAACCAGGCCCCCACCAUGAAAAUCAGACGUUGGCACGACGGGAAAGUUCUUGCUGAGCAACCCCUGAUGGACAUGGCAGGAUAUAUCGGUCACCGCGGUGACUACCACGACAUCUUCCUCAAAUGGGUCCGCGAAAGAAACAUCCCCAUCCUCAUGUCCUCCGACGUAACCUCCUACACUGACACAACACCACCAACCCUAACCCUCUCCACUGGCAAGUCCCUCUCCGCCGACCUCAUAGUCGCAGCAGACGGCAUCAAAUCCCUCGCCCGCCCCCUCGUCCUCUCCCACUACGACGACCCCAUCUCCAGCGGCUACGCCUGUUUCCGCGCUUACUUCUCCCCUUCCGAGGAAAUGAAAGCAGACCCAGCCCGCAACGCGUUCCUCUCCCAAGACAGUGUCAACUUUUGGAUCGGGCCCGACACCCACGUCGUUCAGAACACACUCCGAGGAGGGGGGGAGUUCAACUGGAUACUUACUCACAAAGACGACGGGGACAUUCCCGAGUCGUGGUUUCAGCCGGGGGAUAUGGACGAAGUCCGGAAGUUGGUGGCAGAUAUUGAUCCUGAUAUCAGGUAUGCGAUCAUGUCUACGGACAGGUGUCUGGACUGGAAGAUCUGCUACCGGAAGCCGUUGUCUACGUGGGUGUCACCAAAGUCGCAUCGGAUUGUCUUGCUAGGGGACAGCUGUCAUGCUCAUCUGCCGACGUCGGCACAAGGGGCUAGUCAGGCGACGGAGAGUGCGGGUGUUUUGGCGGCUUGUCUGGGUUUGGUAGCGAGGGACGAAGUCGAGGUUGCUACCAGGGCCUACGAGAAGCUUCGCUUCCCGAGGGUGAGGAUAAGUCAAACCCAUGGGGAGGAUUUGCGAGAUCGAUGGCACAAUGUUCUCAAGAAUGUGGAUGAUGAUGUAGAUAUUGAUCCGGAAAUGGUGAAAAUUAAGAACCGACCGUUAUACGCAUUCGACGCAGAAAAAGAUGCCAUUGAGAAAUGGGAUGGGGUGGCGCCGAGAAUCCGGCGGGAGUUGAUGACGGGCCAGAUAGAGCCUCUCUGCGAUGAAUGAGCCCAGCGACUUCAAGACCCUCAAUAGGGACCCCUGUACACAAAGUUGACCUUCUCCCAGGACGGCCGAUCGCCGUUCAGGGCAGCAAACCUCCACAUUGGUAUAAAGGUUGCUCGGUUUUCGUACAUCAGGGCCUCUGACCUAGGAUAACCAGCAUCGGAGCACCGACACCCCCUACAAACAGCGUUAGCAAAUCAUUGGCCAUGGAUCUGUCAUGUAUGAUUUCUUCCCUACCUUUUUACGAGCCCGAAUUCCUGUUGCACAGACUUUGAGUCAUAACAGGUCACUGCUCGUCCAGCAGACCAGGUCCCAUGUGUCGGUUUGCAAUCCAUCUCCCAGGGGUGAACGACCCGAAGACGAGACACUUUGGCGAGCAUCUCCUGGGUAAAGGCGAUAUUGGCUUCUGUGAGAUGCUUUUUCAGAUGACGCUCAACCCAUAGUUUUCUGCUACUUCCAAGACCUCUCUGGCAGUUGCCGCCACUGCAUCCAUUGCACAUGAAUUCGCAAGUCAUGAGAUUGAAGGCCCAGUUAUGUACGUUGUACGAUUUAGCCUCAGUUUUGUUACACUUUUUGCAUGUCAUGGGUAAGUCCUGGGUAAGCUCCGCAUGAACUUCCUUGCAGCUGAAAGAAAAGGCCCAGGUGGGGGUUUGGAGGAGGAUUCGCUGUAGAAGAAAAGGAGCUUUCUGAGCUAAUUCGGCAUAGGCCUUGACUCCUGUGUCGAUGGUGCUUUUGAAGAACCUGCACACACGGCGAAGAUUGGUGAGUGUUGGUAUGUCGAGGUCAGAUGAGAUGAUCUGGAAGAUGAGCUCGUUUGGAAGCCUGGAGAAUAGCCCAAGAGGGGUUCGCCGGGUGGCACGGGCUAUGGCCGUGACAAGGGUCACGGCCGCAGAGACUUUCUUGGUUUUUUCCCGUCUUCUCGUUGCCUGGUCUUGCCGUCUAGCUUUGCGUCUGUUCUGCCGCUUCAUCGGUCUUGUUGGUGCCAUGGUAACUUGUUGUUCACUUAGACGCAUUACUGUUGGUAGCGGUCGAGGCCUGAGCAAAUGUGCCUUACGUGUAGUGGUGGGCCAUCGUAUCUGUGUAUUCGGACCUGGAUACAUGCAUAUGGUACUUCUUGAUGAUAAACG